CAGCACUGAAAACAGAGCGAGGAGGCCGAGCCAAGUGCCCCCUCCUCUCCUCUGCACUGGACCCCUUCUCUUUUCUCUCUCUCUCUCUCUCCCCAUGCGUGCGCCAUUGCUGCAUGUUCCUGCGAGAGAGUGGUAGCUGGAGAGUAGCAGUCACACACUGACACGCCGAGAGGAAGAAGAGCAGAGCUCUGCCGUUUUCCAGUCCGAUGUGUUGCUACGUGGGCAAGGCCACCAAGAUCUUCCUCGGCCUCGUCACGGCGCUGCUGCUCGCCGGCCUCGUCCUCGGCUUCGGCCUGGCCCACCGGACGCUCUGGGGAGGCCAGAAGGCUGAGCCAGCCUGCCGGUGGCCGCGCUGCCAGCAGCAGCAGCAGCCGCCCCAGCAGCCGGGCCUCUACGGCGGCGGCGACCCGCUCCCGGUCGCGGGCACCACCACCACCGCGCCGCCGUCCAACCCGCUCACGGAGCCGGCUGUCGCCGUGUUCCCCGGGGUCGCCUCCUCCGCCGCCGUGCCGUCGGCGACGGCGAGCGUGCCGAACUUCGCGCCGCCCAGGCCCUACCCCGGGGUCGCUUCCUCCACGGCCGUGCCGCCCGCGGUGCGCCGAGCGUGCCGAACUUGGGGCCGCCCAGCCCAUUCCCAGGGGUCGCCUCCUCCACCGCCGUGCCGCCCGCGGUGACUAGCGUGCCGAACUUGGGGCCGCCCAGCCCAUACCCAGGGGUCGCCUCCUCCACCGCCGUGCCGCCCGCGGUGACUAGCGUGCCGAACUUGGGGCCGCCCAGCCCAUACCCAGGGGCUGCCUCCUCCACCGCCGUGCCGCCCACGCCGCACUUCGGGCCGCCCACGCCGCUCCCCAUCGGUCCCGGCCCGUCCUCGCAUCCAUGAGAAGAUUUUUGGUUGAUUAUUCUCUCUCGAGGCUGAGAAAUUGUCGUCUUUUUUAAUUUCUUUUUACUACUCGGUUUGGUGUACAAUUCAGUUGUAUUUUUUAUUUUAUUUUUACUAGAUAACUAACCUCAACACUAGUACUGUAAUUUUGUUACCUCCCUCUUUCUGAAAUCUGAGAAAUAAACUAGCAAACGGAGGAGUAUUUGUUUGCGCU